AAUACAAUCAAUUGAUUUCCUGAAAGAUGAGAUAUCCUCCAACCCGGGUGGUAUUACAAGUUCAAGUGCAUCACCUGCUCAGACAAGAGCUGAAAGCGGUAUAGACGGUUUGCAGGAAGCAUUCAAAGCACAAUCAUUGAAGAAUACGAUAGCUAGUGCGUCGAGCUCAGGGAGUAAUGGCACAUGCCAUGAUCCUACGCCCCGUACCUCUUUUACGGGUAGUGCUGCCGGAUCUCCCCUACCCUUCGCCUCACGGACAGGGCUGUCAAACCCG